AUCGCAGUUACUACUAAAUUGCACUUGCAGAGUUCAUAAGAGAGAUCGAGGCGCUUUUCUCCUUUACCCAAGAGGCUUUAUUUGACCUUACUGCUAUUAUUUAUUUGCUACUAUAGCUUCUUGUGGAUGAAUCUUGCACCAGACAGCAGCCUUAAUCAUACACUGGCGACUGUACUGAUCGCAUUACUGAGCCUACUGGCGUAGUGCCGUAACACGCACUUGGAGAAAAAGCAUAAUGCUGGUUUACGGAAACGAGGAGUCGGUGUACGCGUGGAACGCCGUGGACGUUCUGGUGGACGGUCAUCUGCAGCACGGCGACGUCAUCAACGUGGCGCAUAACGGUCUGAUCAUUGAUUUCCGCUGUGCAGCACAGCGCGCCAUCUUCAUCGAAUACGGACGCAUCUUCCACUGCAAGAGUAACAUAGAAAUCCCGAGACGAGAGGUACAGGUACUGCUGCCUCGCCGUCCGGACUUCGCGUGGAUGUGGUACGCGGGUAGCCGGGUGGAGGAUGUUGCCCUUGACUAUGCUGAAUGUGUGGAAGUGCCUGGUCCACAAGGGACUGACAAGGAACUGCUGCCAAGGUAUCACGUACGUCCAGUGCCCUCAGCGGAGGAUUUGGAGCAGUGGCGAGUGGGCCCGGGGGAUUUUGUUGUGCGUUCAUGCCGGCUGGACGUGCCCCACUGGGAGGGCGUGUCGCAAAGAGGCGCGGCGAUCUUUCGCUGCGAAUUGCUGCGACAAUACCGCGCGCUUUAUAUCUCGGUGGAGAACCAGACGCUUAAUUAUCUGCAGCGUCAAGAUGAUCGCUAUCCAGUGUCAUCUGAAUCAGCGCACCUUAUCUACAUGCUGGUGAGGAGGGCGAACAAGAGUGGUGAUGAAGACCUCCCACUGGGAUGGCAACAAGGACUUGGUUCAGUAGCGAUUAGCAGCGAGCCCAGGCCGAAUAAGAAGCGAAAGAUAUUGGAAAGUGGAUUACCCUUGCCGGUUGAGCUAUUGGUGGAGGUGUAUCAAUCGCUGGACUCCAUCGACCGCGUCCGCUGUCGACGUGUCUGUUGGCUGUGGAACGGCAUUCUUACAACGGAAUCAUACUUUCGCGACGUGCGCGUAUCCGGAGAUCAUGCGGAUUAUGAUGGUAUGUACUUCACCGAUCGCGGCGUUUAUUGGCCAGCAGCGUGCUUGCUGAAAUGCCUCGAUAGUACCAUCAACACAGUCGUUCUUCGCAAGUUCGAUGCGUCCAACUGCCAACAGCUGGCUGAGUUCAUCGCCCACAUUCGUCAGGCCUUCCGCCGUCUGCCACUGCUCGUGCUCUCCGAGUGCGAUCUUGGUCAGUCCUUUGGUUGGGCCGAGUCCGUUAUCAGCGACGCGGCUCAGCUGGCGGUGGACGGUUGCUGCGUGCGAAUGGUGUGGAGAAAAUGCCGCUUGUGCGAUUCUCUGCUGCAGGCGGUUGUAUCGCAGCACGCCUUUAGUGUUCAGUCGCAGGAGCAGCUGGAGGUGGAAAUGUGGGAUCUCUUGGAGAGUAGUUUGAUUCUGCAGCAGCCACUGGAUCGACCGGCCGUCGCCCAGAUGAUCGCUGACUGUGUGGCGCACCAGCGCAACGAUGAUAAUAUUGCACUGAUUUUGCAGGUUCUUCGGGACUACCAGAGUGCGGAUCCGCGGUCCUCCACGCCUUACCGCGAUCAGAAGUGGACAGCGUCCACUCUGGCCCGUGUGGACGCUGCACAGCUGACAUCGUUGACGGCGGCACUGAUAAAGAAACGCCGAUGGCAACUUGCCGUUUGAUUGCUGAUGCCGACAGCCAGCCGCAGUGGCCACUGCAUUCCGUCAAACCGCAACAUCGUCGCAGUACAAACUUCCUGCUCAGUGUCGCAUUACAGGAGAACACGCUCUAUACAGUAUACAGGGCCAAGAAACGACAAAUUUUUUCCCUAAGCGAUUACCGAUUUGUUUAAAUUCGAAUAUAGCACCAGUAAUUUGGACCGGUAUGGUUAAUUACAGUAAAUAUCUUAGCUAUGCCUUCUCCGCUGUCUGGAGCAUAGAGGGUACGUACAACCGUUCCGUUGCAAAAAGCAAUAGACUUCCCUUACUGUGUAUUAAUAAGUAACUCAGUUCAGGUUUGGUUUAUGUACAUUAGGUUUAUGUACGUACUCGCGAUUCGCGAAUGUCAUUGUGUCAUUGGUAGUGACUGUCCUCUGAAUCUACAAUAUGGGACAACAACGCUUGUCGCUAAACAAUUGCUUGUGUUUUGUUUAACAGUAACUAGAGCUUGAUAUUGUUAUCGCGCUAUUGGUAUUA